UCGAGUCCCCUUAGUUCCGCCAACGCAGCAAAAGCCCGCUUGACCGAAGAGCAGAAGAAGAAGAACCAUAUCGAAUCGGAGAAGAAGCGGCGCGAAGCAAUUCGUCAAGGCUUCGACAGGCUCUCCACCCUCGUGCCAGGCAUGCAAGGGCAAGCCCGCUCAGAGGCUAUUGUGCUAGCGGCCACAGUCGAACACAUGAGAGCCAUGUUGGCACAACGGGAGCAGAUUGCCGCUGCGGCGACUGCUAAGGGG